UACUUUUUUUUUUAAUUAUUUUUUACAUAUCGCAUUGGUUGGUUUGUAAUUAUUUCUUUGAUCUCAUUCGUUCUUUCUAGGGUUUAUGCCAUGGCAGAUUCCGAGAGUCCAGCUGGCGGUGGCCACGACCACGAGAGUGGCGGCGAACAAAGUCCACGUGGCUCUUCCUCUGCUGCGCGUGAACAAGAUCGUUUCUUGCCUAUAGCUAACAUUAGCAGGAUCAUGAAAAAGGCUUUGCCUUCCAAUGGAAAGAUUGCUAAGGAUGCUAAAGAUACAAUGCAGGAAUGUGUCUCGGAAUUCAUCAGUUUUAUUACCAGCGAGGCGAGUGAGAAAUGCCAGAAAGAGAAGAGAAAGACCAUUAAUGGAGAUGAUUUGUUAUGGGCAAUGGCUACUUUAGGUUUUGAAGACUAUAUAGAACCGCUUAAGGUGUACCUAGCAAGAUACAGAGAGUUAGAGGGUGACAGUAAAGGAACAACUGUUAGAGGUUGUGAUGGAUCUGGUAGACGAGAUCAAGUUAGCCCUGGAGGGCAAAAUUCGCAGCUUGUUCAUCAGGGUUCUAUGAACUAUAUGGGUUCCCAGGUGCAUCCACAACAUCUGGUUUUGCCUUCCAUGCAAAACCAUGAAUAGAUUAGAUGCUCAUCUCCAUCUAGUAUUUCCACCAUUUUUCUACCAAAAGAAGCGAUGCUUCUCCCAAAAAGGAUGUUGAAAUUUUGUUGCGGUAUUCAUGUAGAUUUUGAGUAGAAUCAUUAAAUUUUCAAAUUUAGAUGCCAUGCCAACUAAAUUUUCAAAUUUGGUUCUGCAUGUGAUUUGCCGUGUAACUUGUUUUGGUGAGUAGUCUAUUUGAGAACUUUGUUUAAUACAAACUGCAAUUAUUUUUUCAUGUAA